CUACACUUCACUGACACAUUUAUAUUAAAAACGAAACCUCGCAUCUACCUAGCGCGACUUUGAUACCGUGUGAUUGGUCAUUCUCAUUCCACAUUGGUGUGAUCAUAAUCCCUAGAUAUUACCUGUACAAUAAGGGAAGGACAAUACUUUAACCUUAAACAAGGUAUUGCGUAGCAAUGUCCUCAGCGGGUGGUACUUAUCGUUUUGCGAAGAAGACUAACAAUUCUUUGUUGAAAGAAGCGGAUUUUUCAGCUUAUGUUGGCCUGCCUUGUUCAUUUAGCUUGAGUUAUUUAAGUUUCGGGGGAAGCUGGAGAAGAUGAAUGUUACAUCAACGACAAGUCCACACUUGACUGAGAGGGAAGAAGGAAGCAAUGAAACAAAUAACCAAGCAUCUAGUACGUAUCAUUACUAUGGAAUUCCCGUUGUUGUUCCCAUGUCUAUGGCGAUAGUGAUCUUCAUCAUUCUGUCGAUCUUUGGAAACAUCAUGGUAAUCUUAACUAUAGUCCGGCACAAAGGAAUGCGGACCAGAACCAACAUGUUUAUCGUUAACUUAGCAGUGGCUGACGUUUUGACCGCGGCAAUUGAUAUGCCCGUUUCUUUAGUGACCAUAAAUCACGGAGACUGGAUCAUGGGCGACUUUUUCUGUAAGCUGAAUGGAUUCACCAUGGCUUUGCUUUUAAUUUGUUCUAUCCAUACUUUGAUGUACAUUAGCAUUCAUAAGUAUAUCUCCAUCACUCGGCCCUUUAGUCGAGCAAUGAAUCCCCGAAGGAUCCUCAUCAUGAUUGCUGCAGCUUGGUGUUGGUCGGCUCUGUGUGCUACAGGACCUCUGGUGGGCUGGAACAAUAUCAUCUAUAAGUUAGGUUCUUCACAAUGUGGUCCUAGUCUUCCUGAUGGCUUGUUGGACUAUUCUCACUCCAUCGUCAUUACUACCACUAACUACCUGAUACCACUGGCAGUGAUGAUCUUCUGUUAUUGCCGAAUCUUCCAAGAGAUAGACGAACACAUGCACAGGAUACGAGAAACGUCUAAUAUUCCCCUUCAAAAUACAUUAAUGCAACAAAAACGGAUGUCAGUAACUCUAUUCCUGGUUCUAUCGUGUUUUCUUGUGUGUUGGACGCCAUUUGUUCUUUAUUCCUCCACCGUCGCUUUCGUUAAGGAUAAGAGUAAAGUUCCACUCAUUGUCAACCCUAUAGCCUAUUGGUGUGGUUACAUGAACUCCGCUUGUAACCCCAUCAUCUAUGCAUUUAGAAGUCAUUCUUUCAGAAAGGGAUACAAGGAAAUUAUGUGUGGUCGAUCGUCAAUUCAGUCCUCAGUAGGGAGUAUCGCACAAAGAUCUGUAAUACAAAAGAACCGUUUACAACAGCAAAUAUUUGACAACAAUGGAAAAGCAUUGCAAGACCAAGUACCUGCAUCUCAAAUUAUUCGGCCACCAGGUGAAAGAGGAAGAAGGAAACCGUUUCUAUCUCAGACCAGUUGGAUGAGCUUCACACUUCUACCUUUCUUUAGUGAACGAAAAAGCGCCAAUAAUAGUCGUUUUCCUAACAAAAAAUCCGAAGAGUUCAGAGAGGUUCCUGGAUUUAAAAACAAGGUUCUAAAUAACCUAGAAGAGGAAGACGAGGAGGUAUUCUCAAGGCCUAUGGAACCCAUAAUGGAGGCUAGUCAUGAAGAAAGCAUGGGCGUUGCAGAGGGUUGUACCGUUCUUGACAUGGAAGAUAUCGAAACGCUGAUGCCAGAACAAUCAUCUCAUUCGUUUGACGGUGAUCUAGUUUCUGCAGGAAAUGAAGACUUUGCGAUUUUGAAUCUUGAAAAUAAUGAAUUAUCAUGCCAAGUGGAAAAGACUACGGAUUCAGUCAUAUCAACAAAUAGUUAUGGCCCAUCAUCAUCAUGUCACGAAAAGGAACAAGAUUCAAAUGGCCCCGUUCUGAACAAUUUAAUUAGACGAUUAUCAGCUGAUUCAUUGAGUUCUUUAAAUCAAGACCUUGAAACGAAAGACAAGCAACAAGGUUCUGAUAGAGAAUGUCAUAAAGUGAAGUGGCCAUUAAUAGUCAGGUUAAGUAAGAGGUCUCUUCGCAAACGAAGUAACAAGUCAAAGAACAACAAAGUCACUGUAGAAGACCAAGUCUGUGAUGACUCGUGGAACGAACAAGUUGAUGACCGAAAAGAAAGUUGUGUUUGAUCAUUGAAAAAUGUCUUUUGUUGUAGUGAUUUGAACAAUAUUGACUUCAUCGUCUAUGUUUUUAACGUCACAAUGUCUAUUCGGUAGAUAUUUUAUCUAUCCUAAGCUUUCUUGUUCUGUAGCUGUAUCUAACCCAUUUUAUUGAAAUAGGAACAGAACUAAAUUUGACAUUGGACGAGUAUUGGUUAUUGAAGUUCAUUUGAAGGUAGAGACGGAUAAAGUUACCUUCAAUCAAUGACGCACGUUUUUAAACACUAAACUUUGCUUUUAUUAAAAUGUUGGAUAAGAACAUUUUUAUGGACGUAGCUAUAUAUCAGCGGAAUAGAUAGAAUGGCUUAUUUCUUACAACUGGUCUUUCAAUUAAGAAUGAAAAUUGUCAAAGAUUCGCAAAUGUGUGGUUAAAAACCACAGCCUACGCAAACUGUCAUAUCAUUUAUGUAAAUACGAGCAUUUUAUUAUGUAAUUAUUGUAUUUUAUCAUAUUACAGAUAUUUAUUUAUUAUUCUUUUACACCGUCAAACUUUAUUGCGAUCAACAAAUAACGAACAAAUUGUGACAAGUAAAUUUCUUAGCUUUUCGACAUUUUUAUCCUAAAAACCCUCUUAACUAUUAAAUUUCACAGCUUGGAACUUACAAAAACAAUUGAAAAAUGUUAAUGUUCACUAUUAAUCAGAUUUUAAAAUUCCAAAAUACUAGAAUUCCAAUUGCAAAGUUAUGAUUUCUAGUACCUUACCACAACGUAGUAACUUAAGAAUUUCGUACAGAAUAUCUAUCUAUAUAAUACACUGUCUUGCCAUGUGUCCUUUACUUAUUAAGUGGUUAUUCACUUUUAAAAGAAAGUUAGUAAUCGACAAGAUCCUUUACUUAGGCCUAUGAGUAAACUGUUUAAUGUGACGAAAGAUAGCCUUUUGAAAAUAAAUAAAUAAAUAAAACAAAGCUUGUGAUUUUCGAAAUAUGUCUGAACUAAACGUUUUUGCAUUGCGUCUUUAAACACAACUAGGACAGUGUUUACUGAGUCAGUAUUUACUCAUGUAUUUUAUAUAUUGAACAAAGUGUAAAGUAUUAAGAAUACUUAGGAUCAAUAUCAUGCGUGUGUGUGUGUGUUUGGUUAAGUUUAUUUUUUUAUCUUAACAUUUGAUUUUGAUCGGCAAUAAACUAGUAAACAUUUACGAAGUUGGGGUAUGUUUUUUAUUGUGGACAAACAAAUGUUUAGUGUUUAUUUUUAUGCUUUGCUGAUCUGACAUCAAAUAAAUUUUUAUCCAUAUCUUCUUUAGAUUUCCGCGUCUUUAGAAUAUGUGUAAGACGGAGUUUUAUGUGUGACUUUUGUACACUAAAAUUUAGACUAAUUGUUAACCAAUAAAUAAAAUGUUUGUGUUUGGUAAGUUGUAUCAUGGAAUAUAUUUAUGACUUAACAUUCAGUUAAAAAAAAAAGAGGUAAAACACGUGUAUGACACAAUUGAGAAUACAAACCUCAUACUUUACAAAGAUGUACGCAAAAUAUGUUAAGACCCUUUUAUAUAGUCAAGUUAAAAGUAACAAGAUUUGAUUUGUUUAAGACUUGUACUCUAAUUUAGUACAUCAUGUUAUACAUUUAGUCUUUCACUCAAAUUUGUUCCCUUUCAGACUUUCAACUCUGGCUUGAAAAAAUAAACCUUUUCAUUGUCAUA